GAAAAAUUCCAUUUUUCACUUUUUAGAACCAAAGAGUUAGAAAAUGGCAUUUUUAAAAAGUUUUCAGCAGAGUCUGCCCUCGGUGUCCUCUCUCGUGGACACGAUCAGUAGUGCCGUGGAAGACUUGACCACUGCAGUUGGGGAGGUCAGCUAUGCUUUGAGUGACUCCGUGACUGAGCAGGUAACAAGCAUGCUAAACGGCUUUCGUCCAGAAGAGGAGAGUUCUGCACUAGUAGAAGCUGUAGAAACUUCCAGACCAAGCAAUGCUGUGUUACCAGAAGUCUCCAAAGACACUCAGGGUCAGAAAACACAAGCCAGUGUAGAGCACACAGCAAAGCAAAUGAAUUGUAAUCCUUCGAUUUCACAAAGGCAUGAUCGAGGAAUGCAUGAAGAAGAGGUAUUAAGAUGUGUCAGUGACAGGCAGCAGAUUCUGUCAGGCUAUCAAGAAACUAGUAAUGCUGGUAGUUCUUUGGAAGGAUGCAAAAGUAAUAGUGUGGUAUCUGUUAUCAGGCAGAAUACAAAAGCUAGAUCUGCUUGUCAAGAACAAGAAGGUACUAGUAGGUAUAAUCAUGUUGGAUUAGUCAUCUCUAGUAAUGGCAAGAGUGAUUUAAAAGAGAUGAGAUGUUGUGAAAUGAAAGGAAAUCAGAAUACCACAAAUGGAAGAAACUCAGCGUUUGUGCAAAAGAAAUACAUUGCUGCUCAUGAAGUGGAAGAAUAUGCCGAAUCUCAACAUGUGUCUUUGAGAAAAGACCAAGUGAGAGUGGGACGUUUGAAUAAAAAUAAGCAUGCUGUUGAUACAGGGCAUUCUGAUCAUUUGAAGAAAGCUGAAAAACAUAACAGGAAUAAAGGAUCCCGAGGGAAUGAGCACUCUCCACAAGGUAUUUUGACAAGCAGUAGACUCAUGAUGCAGAAUCCCAUCAUGGAGGAAACUGUGCAUCCAGAGCCUGCAGUUUAUUCUAAAGAGAAGUUACUGGGAAAAGGCAAAGAAAGGAGUGCAGCAAAAUACUUCAGAUUGAAAGGAGACCUAAAAUCCAAGAAAAAUGAAAUGAUUUCUGCUAAGAAUGGAACAAAAAAGAGUAAAGAGGAAAAAUAUUUUAAUGUAAUACCAGAACGAGAUAAUUCUUACCUGGACAAAGAUGAACAUGGUUCAUCCUCUGAAAGUGAAGAUGAAGCACUGGGCAAAUAUCAUGAGGCCUUAUCCAGAACACAUAAUUCUCGAUUGCCUCUGGCAGAUUCUAGACAAAAGAACUACGCUUGGGAGACAAGACAAAAGUACAGUCCUCUGUCUGCAGAAUAUGAUGGAUAUAGUAGUGAAGCAUCAGUAGAUGAAGGAAACUGCAUUCAGAGAAUGAGAAGAACACCCCCCUUGGAUGAAUUGCAGCCACCACCAUAUCAUGAUGACAGUGGUUCUCCCCAUCUCUCAUGCACACCCUCAGAAAUCGGAGACAGUAAAUGUGAAUUUUCCCACUGCAGCAACAGUCCAAGACGUUCAUACCACAAGUGUCCAAGUGAAGGAAGCACAGGUCACGAAGUAGAAAGUUUCCCCAAUAAAGGAUAUGAAGAGGAUGUUCCAAGUGACAGCACUGCAGUCCUGAGCCCUGAAGAUCUGUCAGCUCAAGGAUCGUCUUCACAGCUUCCUAAGCCUUUCGAUCCUGAGCCAGAAGCUAAAUAUGGCACACUGGAUGUGACUUUUGACUAUGACUCACAAGAACAGAAGCUUCUGGUAACAGUGACAGCUGUCACAGACAUCCCAACAUAUAACAGGACAGGUGGCAACUCAUGGCAAGUACACCUUGUUCUUCUACCUAUAAAGAAACAGAGAGCAAAAACCAGCAUCCAGAGAGGACCAUGCCCUGUCUUCACAGAAACAUUCAAAUUUAAUCAUGUUGAAUCUGAGAUGAUUGGAAAUUACGCAGUUCGGUUUAGACUGUAUGGUGUACAUCGCAUGAAAAAAGAAAAGAUUGUGGGGGAAAAGAUUUUUUAUUUAACAAAAUUGAAUCUUCAAGGGAAAAUGUCACUACCUGUGAUAUUGGAACCUUCUUACAAUCAUUCUGGCUGUGACUCCCAAAUGAGCAUGUCAGAAAUGUCCUGUAGUGGGAGUACAUCCUCCUGUCAGUCUCUCGAACACGGCUCAGUUCCCGAAAUUCUCGUCGGCCUGCUUUAUAAUGCCACAACUGGAAGAUUAUCAGCAGAAGUGAUAAAAGGCAGCCACUUCAAAAACUUGGCAGCAAACAGACCACCCAAUACGUAUGUUAAGUUAACUCUGCUGGAUUCCAUGGGUCAAGAGAUGUCCAAAUGCAAGACAGCCACCCGCAGAGGGCAGCCCAACCCAGUGUACAAGGAGACUUUUGUUUUUCAAGUGGCCCUGUUUCAACUUUCUGAUGUGACACUCAUACUGUCUGUGUAUAACAAACGCAGCAUGAAAAGAAAAGAGAUGAUAGGCUGGAUUUCUUUAGGUCUCAACAGCUCUGGAGAAGAGGAGCUCAAUCACUGGACUGAAAUGAAAGAGUCGAAAGGACAGCAAGUGUGUAGAUGGCAUGCGCUGCUAGAGUCGUGAUGGCCAGGACACCUGCGCCACGACAGCCCAAGGCUGUGCGUAUUAUUUCUGAUUACCGUAUCUUACUUUUUACCUAAUCAUCACUAGAAGAGCUGUACUCUGAAGAAGCAUAUUCAAUGAUCUACCAAAAUGCUUUCAAUCCAAUGGAAAGAACAUCUAACACUGACAUUAAUGAAGAAAAAAAAAAUUAUAUGGUAGAGCUUGUUGGGGAAUCUGACACCGUUGUUGCUAAACUAACAGUCCUCCAGAGACACACCUUUGAUUUGAAGUUAGUUUCAUUUUAGCAAAAUGAAAUAUUCAGUAUUUCUCAAAGUCAGAUUUUUGGUUGUAACAGUAUUUGAGUAUCACCCGUAACAUCCAUUAUAAUUGGUGUUUGUAAUGUGCUCUUGACACGAAACAAUCAGUUCUCCAGCUACAUCGCAAGUUACAUCUAAUGAUGAAGGGUCGCAGUCACAUUGAAAACUUUUAUUUCAGC